AUGCUGCGUUCCCCACGAUUGCGGUUUUUCACCCUGGGCUCUGUGCUGGCAGUCCUGCUGAUCACGCUCGGCACAGUGGACCGGACGCAGCGGUUCCAGACGUCUAUUAAGGACCUCACCAAACACAUGGAGGCUUACAACGGCACGCCUGUGCCGUUGGAUCAGACGGUGCCGGUGCCGGAGCCGGAAACAACCAACGAGCCUGCCAAGGAGCAGCAGAACGACAAAGACGACAGCGGCGAGUCCCCGCUGGUCACCGACCUCGAAGUCACUGGCGAACUGCACAGCAGUGAGGUGCAAGCGUCUGAGCCCGUCCAGCAGAUCCCAAGAAACCCACUGGAAGGCACCAAGCUCGACAACCCCGAGAAACGCAACCCCGACAAGGCGCCGCUGCCGCCCGGAUACCGAGGAUCGAUGACCAACGAGUACAAGCCGUACGAGCAGAUCCGAGUGGUGAAGGAGAAGUUCGGCAACCCUGCCAAGCAGAACGCCACGAUGCUGACGCUCGUACGCAACGAAGAGCUGUACGAGAUGCUGCAGUCGAUUCAGCAGCUGGAGAGCCGGUUCAACAGGAAUUUUCAGUACGACUGGGUUUUUCUCAACGACAAGCCGUUCACACACGAGUUCAUCGAGCAGACCUCGGCAAUGGUGUCGGGGACGGCGCGGUACGGAAUCAUCCCGUACGAGCACUGGUCGUAUCCGGACCACAUUGACGUGCAGAAGGCCAAGGAGAUCAGAGAGUCCAGAGAGUAUGCGAACGUGGCGUACGGUUCGAGCGAGAGCUACCGCCACAUGUGCCGUUUCAACUCGCUCUUCUUCUACAAACACCCGAUUAUGGACGAUUACCAGUACUACUGGCGCGUGGAGCCGUCGAUCGAGUACGGAUGCGAUAUCCUGACCGAUCCGUUCAAGUACAUGGUGGAAAAUAAAGUCAACUACGGGUUCACGCUGACGCUCACCGAGUUUCCCAAGACGAUUCCGACGCUGUGGAAGACGAGUUUGGACUACUUCCUGCGGCCCGAGGUGGCGGAGCAAAUACCGUCAGACGAGGAAAACCUGCUCUCCUUCAUCUCGGGCGACAACGGCCGCACGUACAACCUGUGCCACUUCUGGUCGAAUUUCGAGAUCGCCAACCUGGACUUUUUCCGCAGCCCCAUGUACGAGGGCUAUGUGCAGCACCUGGACCGUGCGGGCGGCUUUUUCUACGAGCGGUGGGGAGACGCUCCCGUGCACACGAUAGCGGUGGCCAAGAUGAUGCGGGCGAGCGAGACCCAUCUGUUCACCGAGAUUUCAUACAAACACACCGUGGCGGGCUCGUGUCCGCUGGACGACGCGUUCAGACGCCGGGCGCGGUGCACGUGCGACCCGGGGCUGGACUGGUCGAUCACGUCCGGUUCGAGCUGCAACCUGCACUAUAUGGACGUUGCGCACCAGCCACACAUGGCAGACUACGAAAAAUACAGAAACCUUGUGGCUGAGCGGGAAGAGCAGCAGCAGCAGCGCAAGAAGGAGGAGAUGGAGCGUAGAAAAGAGGCGGCCAAGCAGCGGGCAGAGGAGAGACGCCAGCGGGCAGAGGAGAGAAGACAGCGCAAGCAGAAGGAGAAGGAGGAGCGGCUGCGCGCUGCCAAAGCUCCGGCUGCCAGCUAA